GGAAACAAAACCUAAUCCGUAAGGUUGUCAUACCGUUAUUUGACUUGGAUAUUCCGAAAAAUUGAAAGAGAAACCCUGAUUGAUUGAUUGAUUUUUGAUUGAUUGGGCUCUGCUCGCUCUUUGAUAGAUAUCAUCAUAUAUUUGGGCUUUGGACCUAGUAGUGUGGUGCGUGCGUGAUUUCGUCAAUUCUUAGGGGUUUCUGGUUUGCCUCUCCAAUUGUAACAGUCUCUUCUCUUAUGGCCCCUGAAGAUCCCGACUAUGAGAGUGAUCCCGAGGAAUUGAACCGCUCCUUGGCUACACGUAGGAGAGAAGCUAGCGACGAUGAGGAUGGCGCUAGUGACGAUGAGGAUGACGCCCUCCUCAAUCACAACCUGGUCGCAGAUCAUAUUGAUUCCGAUCUUGCCGAUGAUGAUGAACACAGUGCUAUUCUCGACUCUGAUCAUGACCACGUCGAUGUCGACGGCGACGGCGAUGAUGAUAGUUCUGAGGCUGAUUUUGCUCAAGUUGAUGACGAUGUUGAAUUCAUCCCCGAUCAUGACAAUACACUUGCGGCCGUCGACGGAACCGCCUCCGAUCUUGUUGAUGGACAGGAACUAAAGAAGAAGGAACCUUUUGCAGUGCCUACUGCUGGUGCCUUUUAUAUGCAUGAUGACAGAUUUCAGGAAUUGGAUGCCGCCUCUAAUAGGCGAAUGCGUGGUGGCAGGAGGCUCUGGCAAUCUAGAGAUGAAAGUAAGUGGGGACAUGACAAAUACGAGGAACUCAAUACACAGGAAAAGCAAUUUGAUCGGAGGACUUCCAGAGGCCGAGUCAGAGGUCGUGGUCAGGGUAGGGGUCAGGAGCGUGGAUAUUCUCGAGGGACCAAUUCUAAACCAUUUACUGGCACUAGCACUGGCAAUGGACACCAAAACCAGUUUCCUAAGGCUGUCACUAGGGGGAGAGGGCCCAGAAGGUAUGAGGUUGCAUCGAAAAAUGGCAAUCAAGCACCUUCUGUGCAAACCAAACAGCCCCAAAAUUCUUUUGUGAAAGUGUCGCAUGCCAAUUCAGGGCGUCCACCAACAGAAACAGCUAGCUUAGAGACUGAAGCCAUCCAAGCCAAAAGAAAUGUAUUAGCUUCAAGUUUAAAUUCAGCUUCUCCUCCAUUUUAUCCUUCAGGAUCCUCCAAUAACUUGGCACAAAAGGAUUUACAAACUGGCAUUGGUGGACUGCACAUUAAUCAAAACCCUACGCCAUCUGGAAAGAAGUUUGGGAAUACAAAAUCCAGCUCUUCGUGGGUACGCACUGCUCAACCUUCUCAGACUACAAGUCAUGGUAGAGAUGCACCUCCUCCUGGGAAAAUGCUUUACCAGCAAUCUCCUAAUCAAGGUGACAAAGUUUCUUCGCUGAUGCACAUCCAGGGAAUGCCAAAAGGCACUGACCAAAGCUGUACUCAACCUCCUGGUCAGGCUUUUGAUCAACAUUCUGCUGUUAACAGUUUGCUGCCUUCUUCUCCACCGAAAACCGGCUCAUCAAAAAACCAGUAUAUUUCUGGUGGAAUAGAGUCAGCCGCAGAAACAGGUGCUUUGGUUGCCAAGGAAAAAGGGUCACUCCAGCCUAGUGGAAGAGGAUCUUUUAUGUAUGGAGGGACACAGUUUAUGGGGACUGUCGGGAGCAUGGCAGCUGGUCAUGGCAAUUCAAAUUUUCCUGCAUUUCUGCCUGUUAUGCAAUUUGGUGGUCAGCACGGUGGGGUUCCUACCUUUGGAAUGGCUCUUCCAGGAUAUGUCCAACCAGAACAUGGUACCGGAAAUCCUGAGAUGACAUGGCUGCCAAUUUUGCCUGGCCCCGGAGCACUAGGAGGUUCGUAUUGUCCACCUUAUGCUGCCAUUGAUGGUUCUUACCAAGCACACAAACCGAUGUUACCUUCCUCUGCGGGAUCCUCCAGCCAAGAGAACAGUUCUAAUAGCCCUAAUGAUGAAGAACCCAUGGAGAGACCUGGUAAGUUGUUUCCUUGCCAAUUUGGGACCAGUGCUUUGACAGCAGAUGUUUGCGGUAUAUUGUUUAGUAGGGGGAAGCUACUAUAGUUAGUUUUAUGAGGAAAUAUGGAAGAUUGGUUUCUCUGAUGUGAUUGGUAACUAGAGAAAAGAAUAUGUUGGAUAUGGUUUCUCAAGUAGUGUUAAUUUUCAGUUGACCUUAACAUUGAACCACCUGGAAUUAGGAUGGGGAAAGUAUUUAGAGGAGUAGUUUGGGUAG